AUGUCCAAGGAGGGUUUUUUUGGGGAAGCAAUAGAAUGGAACGAUGAACCCGCAUUUCCUAUAGAUACCUACAAGUCGCUAUCUACCCGAAUCGACGCUGAUUUGCGGAUUCAUAACGUGUUGGCUUUGGCGGUGCUGGAGAGUGACGAGAAAAUCAAUCUGGAUGAAGCAGUCAAGCUGUUCAUCAAUGCUUCAUAUGUCCCGGAGAUAUUCCCGGCGGUCCGUAUAGAGGUGCGCGGGCAAAUAACAGGUGCCAUGUACACGAUAUCGUUGUUUGACGGAGGCCGAAUACAAUCCGCUGGCGGCUGUAUGCCACGCGAGGCUGGAUUAUGUAUGAAGCGCGUAGCAAGAAGACUGCGAAAAGGACUAAAUAUCCGAGUAAAGUUCCGGUCAUUCGAGAUUCAUAACCUUUUGGGAGUUGUGGAUAUUUGUAAGCGCAUCGACUUGAACAAGAUGUACCAAGUAGCCCCGGGAACUACAGACUACGAGCCGUCGAAGUUCCCAGCACUGAGAGUUAGUGUCCCAGUACCAGAACGUGUUCGAGAAAGAAAACGACAACAAGAGCUGGAACCCAUGAUGAACAGCCAGGCGCCGGAAGACACACUACGUCGUAAAAGAGAGGCAGCAAGAAUCAUUACAGGAUCUAAAAAGAAAAAGGUAGAGACUAUAACUGCUUCCAUUUUCACUAAUGGCAAAAUCAAUUUCGUUGGAGGAAAAUCCGUCGAAUCCAUUGUUGCUGUGUUGGAGGAACUUAAGCCUUACAUAGAUGCGUGCAGCCACUGA